AUGAGUGCAUCAACAAUUGAAGUGAAAUCAUCCACUCCAUCUCAUCAAUUAAAUUCUGAUGAAAUCAUUUCCAUCUCCAGUUUAACCACCCACCAUGUUGUUACUCGUAUUGUCGAUGAAAAUGAAUACGCUUCAUUGAAACAAUUAUACAAAUCUGAAUACGAGCAAAUUUCAGCGAGUGAAUUGUACACAGAAAAAUCCUUGUAUAAAAAAUUAUUAGAAACUUGGACAUAUCAUCAUUAUUUAUUAUGGCGUAAUUAUUUUAAUUUUCGUAAUGGUUCAACGAAUGAUAUAGAUCGAAAUCAAAUUAGAGAAUUAAGACAGUUAAUAUGUCAACAAACAAAACGAAUACAGCAUUUAGGAUAUUAUUAUGUAUAUGAUGAUGGUGAUGUCGAUUCAAAACCAUCAGAAAUAUUGAAAAUAAUAUUUAAUAUCAAACAAUUAGAUUAUUCUAAAAAUAAUUCAAAAAUCAUUGAUAAACCAUUUAAACUGUGGAAACAAAUAAAAUUGAAGAAUGAUAGUACUAAUAAUAAGAAUUGUAUUUAUAAUGUAGUUGAAGGUGAUUGUUUGGAAGUUGCAUUAUCAUUAUUACAAUCUGAUUUUAAUCCAGUUGUACUAAAUAUGGCUUCGUCGACUAAUAACGGUGGAGGUUGGGAAAGUGGUGCAGGCGCACAAGAAGAAAACUUAUUUCGUCGGUCAACUUAUGAAAAUGCAAGCGCCAUUGUUAAAUAUGAUUAUCCAAUACCAGAAUUUGGAGGAGUUUAUUCACCGGCAGUUACAGUAUUUAGAAGUUCAGAAAUUACCGGAUAUAAAUUAUUAAAACAACCUUAUCUAAUGUCAUUUAUUGCAGUAGCAGCGUAUGUACAUCCAAAAUUAGUUAAAGUAUACACUGAUAAUGCUGAUUAUAAUGAAUCUAAUUAUCAUUUGGAAUUGGAUGCUAUAAUGACUGAAAAAACCAAAGAAAAAAUUCGUACUAUAUUAUCAUUGGCUUUGCUACAUAAUCAUGAUUCUAUUGUUUUAUCGGCAUUUGGUUGUGGGGCAUUUAAAAAUCCUCCUGGUCAUAUUGCACAAUUAUUUAAAGAUGUAUUAUUGGAGUUCGAAUUUGAAAAUCAAUUUAAACAAGUUUGUUUUGCUAUACUAAAUGACCAUAAUGUAGGAAAAAUGCAUAAUCCCGAUGGAAAUUUUAUACCAUUUCAACAAGCGUUUCAACAGCUGAAUACUAAUAUCGGGGCUAACAGUGCUAAUCUGAACACUUGUAUUGCUCCAGAAGAGUUGGAAGUUCACUCUUCCAUACUUUAA